AUGAACAAUCAUCAUCAUCAUAAUCAUAAUCAUAAUCAACAUAAUCAUCAUCAUUAUGGAGGUGAUGGAACAAACACAAAUUAUUCUCUUGUAUCAUCACAUCAAUUAUCUGAAAGCAGUGCCAAUAUUACUAACGAAUCAUCAUCGAGUUCAUCAUGUCCAAUUAUUGAUUAUUAUGGUCAACAUUCAUAUCAUCAAACAGCAAAUCGUCAACUUCAACAUUAUUCUCAUCAAAAUGGUCAUAUUUAUCAAGAGAAUCAAAAUCAUUUAUAUAGAUAUAAUCCUAUUCCAUCAUCAUCAUCAUCAUCAUCAUCAAAUAUUUUACCAAGUUCUUGUGUAUAUCCUUGUCAUAAUGGUUCAAAUGUAAAUUAUAAUCAACAAAAUGUUAUAUCAUCAUGUUCAAAUCUAGUUACACAAUCAGAUAUGAUCGGUACAAUAAAUCCAAUGAAUAUUGAUUUAUAUGGUUUAUCAAUGAGUCCAUCUCAAGGUUCAUCAUCAAUUCUAGUAAAUGGUUCAUCAUCAUCUCCUCGACCAUCUUCAACAGAUCAUCCAACAACUCUUAAUUCAUCAGAAUUGGUACCUAUAUCAACAUCAAUUGAUUCCCUAUCAUCAUCAUCAUCAUCAACAUUAUCAAAACAACAAACUCCUCCUAUUAUUUAUCCAUGGAUGAGAAAAGUACAUAUUAAUAAUCCAGUUAUUAAUUAUACAAAUGGAGAAACAAAACGAGCUCGUACAGCUUAUACUCGUCAUCAAGUAUUAGAAUUAGAAAAAGAAUUUCAUUUUUCAAAAUAUUUAACUCGUCGACGACGAAUUGAAAUAGCUCAUUCACUUGUUUUAACUGAACGACAAAUCAAAAUUUGGUUUCAAAAUCGAAGAAUGAAAUGGAAAAAAGAUCAUAAAUUACCAAAUACAAAAUCAAAAUUACCUGAUCAAUUACCAGCAGCAUCAACAUCAUCAGAUUCUUCAUCACCUAAUUUAAUUAAAAAAGAAGAACAAGAACACGACCAAGAACAAGAUAUUGAUUCAAAUUCAAAUUCAAAUCGAAUGUCAGCUUUUAUUAAAGAAGAAUCUUUUUCCGAUCAAUCUUCUAAUUGA